AUGGACGUUGACCGGCUCAUGCGUGACCUAUCGGUCGAGCAACUGGAGAAUAUUCAGCAGAAUUUGGAAAAAGAAAUGGAAGGAAAACGAGAAAGUCUCCGUGAAAUGGUCGGCCGUCGGUAUCGAGAUGUUCUAGAAGCUUCUUCAGAAGUUCGUCACGUGUGCUCUUUGGCUGAUAAAUUGGCCUCAGAUAUUGCAAAUACAAGAGUUGGAUAUCAAUCCACUCAUGUUAGAACCGGAGGACGAGAGGAACAGAAAGCGGGAGAACAUCUCUAUGCGGUGAACUAUUUGGUUUCAAGUAUUGGAGGAGAUAGCGGUGAGCCACUGGACGAUGUAGUUGCUCUUUGCAUGGUGGAGCAUCUUCAGAAGCAGCUCAUCAGUAAUCAUUCGUCGCCAAUGAUUCACAAAAACGCGAGAGCCCUGACCAACCGGAUCGUCGCCACCCGAUCAGAGCUCGAAUUCCAGAAUUGCUCAACACUUUUGGAUAUUUCUCGUUCCGACUGGGCUACAAAUCAACUUGCUGCAAUUGCUCUUCUCCAGGGAAAAGAUAUCUCUCAACUCCUUGAGCUUUAUCUCGAAAAACGAUUUGAGCACGUUACACACCUUAUUGAAGACUCUGCAACUAUUCUGAAUAUUGUUGAUGAAAUGAAAAAGACGUUGGCUGUUGUGGAGGAGCUUUUUGUGCACGGAGAGCUUAUUCAUGCGAUUCAUUCUGUUUGUAAUGGACAGUAUAAGUGUGAAUUGAUCCGUGAAAUGUGUGCAGAUCAGGCGUAUUCAUUCGAAAAAACAAUCAAUGAGGAUAUGGAUCGUGUUUGGAGACAUUUGAGAGAAAAAUUGAGUGGAAGAGGUGCUGGAACUCUUCCAUCACAACUUGUUGGCGAGAAAUGCGCUGCGUGGAUUGAAAAAACGUGUGCAGUAACCCACAAGCUCGUGGCAGAAGUAUGCGAAUAUUUUGAUAAUUUGGAUCAAAUAAUUGAUCUUUUACAAGCAAUCACAGCAUCAUUGAAACAAGAUUGGCCAAGAAUUGGAUCGAAUCGUUCGGUUUAUGAUAAACUUCUGCAGACGGCUGUUGUCGAUAAAGCAAAGAUUCUCCUAAUCCAGAUGAUUGAAUCAAUUGAACUAUUCGCAAAAAAACGAUUCGAAUCAACAAGUGACGGUCCACAGACAGCAAUAUUCGAUGAACGUACCUAUCAUCCCGAUUCUCAAUCACAUAUUGGUAUAUCAACACAACUUUACAACUGCGUCAAAACUCUCUGGGAAUCUCUGGAACAAACGAACGAGAAAUGUGCUCAAUUCGAAACGAUCUGCACCCCAAUGGCUGAUAUGGCCACGUCCAAUGCUCUCAAAGAAACGAUGGCCACAAAUGUGCUCCAGCUUCUGCUCCGUCUUUGUGAACUCCACUCGGACAAGCAGGAAGGAUCGGCGAGGUUCUUGGCGAGAGCUCGUCUGGCACUUGCGUUGGUUCAUUCAGAAUCAACGUUGAUUUGUAAAUUGUUGGAUAAGGAUUCACAAAGAAUUACGUCUCUUAAUCAACGUCUACACUCGAUUAUUGAGAAAAAUCUGGGAGAUUUCUGCGAAGUCGUUGUCGAUGAGCACAUCACUGUGGCCAGCCUAUCCGAGUAUUUGGAAUCAUUUGAAGGUGGAAUGUACGCUCUUCGUCUUGUUAUGGAAUUCCAAACAGUCGAUCUUCCCGAUGUUGGUGAAGUUACAGUCCCCAUUGCUCUUUCCCCACCGCUUCAAUCGAUAUUAUUCGAUAUCUCGAGCUGUCUUGCCGAAGCAUCUGUCGCGCAUCUUUUGACCAAAAAGAUUAGAAAACGACUCGACGAGCACGUUUCACAUCGCAUGGCUCAACUGAUUGGUGAACGUGUUGAAGAGCUCAAAGAUUCGUGGCAUUUGCCAAGUCGUUCAACUCUGCAGGUGCUUUUCGAUUGUCAACUGAUUGGAGCAAUGUUCCCCAGUGAAAGAAUGCGUUCGGUUUGCUCAUCGAUCGAAUCUCAUUUGGAUCCAUUCGACGUCUCUCUACUUUCUCCACUUUUGGCAGCUAAUGUGAAGCUGGUUUAUACAAGAACUCAAGUUCUCUUCUCGUGCCUCGUCGCUGACACCCUAUCCAGCAAAGAAGUUCAACUGCCACAAUCAUUCUCAAAGAUUCAAGACGUUUCAGUGCACAUUGAGCAACCUUCUCGUAUUCCGAUGGUGCCAAGACUUGACAGAACGAUGAAUGGUGAUAAGAAGAAUGGUGGAGCAAGACUCAAGAAUAACAAGUAUCUGGCGAAUCCGCAACAAGGUUCCUCAAAAAGCACACCAUCGCUGAGCGCAUUCUACGAUCGAAUUUCUUCCAGCUGGUUCGGAGGAGCUAAUAAUUAAAUUUUAUUCUAUUAUUGAAAUUUGUAUUUAUUUAUUUGAGGGAAAUAUUUAUUUAAUGUGAUGUAAGCUAUUAAUCUCCGGGUUUUUUUUUCGAUUUUUUUGUUAUAUUAUCACUAUUAGUUUUGUGGCUCGAAUUCUUAUUAGUGAGAUGCAAAAAGUGCUCCGCCUCCGAUCCAAGGGUCUCGUUAGGUAUUUGGUGGCCAAACCAGGAAUUCAAAAUUUUUCAAUUAUUUUGGCCAAUUUUCAAGCACUUUUCCGUGGUUUUCAGUAAUUUUUAGAUUUUUUUUCUCAUUUCUUUAUGAAUUUUAUUUCAUCAAUUUAGGCAAAAAAAACCAUUAAAAUCCACCGAAAACGUAACAAAAAAUUCGAAAAAUGCUUAAAAUUGACAAAGUUAAUGGAAAUUGUUUGAAUUUAAGUUUUUCCCGCCAAAUACCUAAUAAGACCCAUAAUUUGUGAGUGGGGCGCGCAUUUAUGGCGAUCCCAGCAGAUUUCUGCGAAUUUAUAAUAUCGAGGUGCACUACUAAUAGGGAAUAUAUACUAAUGUAUCAAUAGUGGAAGGUUAAUGAUAAAAAAACAUGUUUG